AUGUGGACGUGUAUCACGGACUUCUUCACCUACGAGACCACCAAGUCGGUGGUGGUGAAGAGCUGGACCAUCGGGAUCAUCAACCGUGUCGUACAGCUCCUCAUCAUCACCUACUUCAUCGGGUGGGUGUUUGUGUAUGAGAAGGCGUACCAGAUCAGAGACACAGCUAUAGAGUCGUCUGUCAUGACCAAAGUCAAAGGCUUUGGACUGUACAACAACCGAGUCAUGGACGUAGCUGAGUACGUCACCCCCUCUCAGGGGGCUUCUGUGUUCUGCAUCAUCACCAAACUCAUCAUCACAGAGAACCAGGUGCAGGGAUACUGUCCCGAAAGUGAGAUGAAAUACAAGUGUACGCACGACAACAACUGCACUAAGUUCCUCAACAAGCCUGGGGGAAAUGGUCUUCCGACGGGCAGGUGUGUACGUUUCAGCGACACCCUUAACACCUGUGAGAUCAGAGGCUGGUGCCAGGCGGAGAUCGAUUACAUCAAGACGCAUCCUAUGAUGGAGGUGGAGAACUUCACCAUCUUCAUCAAGAACAGCAUUCGUUUCCCCCUCUUCAACUUCACCAAGGGUAACUUCCUGCCCACUAUCACCCCUCAGUACAUCAAGGCGUGUAACUUUGACCAUGAGAACAACACCUACUGCCCCAUCUUCAGGGUGGGAGACGUCAUCCGCUAUGCACACCAGAACUUCACCACGCUGGCACAGAAGGGAGGGGUGAUAGGUAUAAAGAUCGGCUGGAUGUGUGACCUAGACAAGUCAGAGGAUGAGUGUAACCCCUCCUAUUCCUUCACCCGGCUGGACGCCAUGUCGGAGAAGAACAGCGUCUCCCCCGGGUACAACUUCAGGUAUGCUAAGUACUACAAGAUGGACAACGGGACAGAUUACCGUACUCUGCUCAAGGCCUAUGCCAUCAGGUUUGAUGUGCUGGUCAAUGGAAAUGCAGGGAAGUUUAACAUGAUCCCAACUCUGAUCAACAUGGUAGCUGCCUUUACGUCAGUUGGAGUGGGCACCGUGCUUUGUGACAUUAUACUCUUGAACUUCCUGAAGGGAGCAGAGCAAUACAAGGCCAAGAAGUUUGAGGAGGUAUCAGACACGCAGAUCAAGAACUCCUUAUCCAGCAAUGGGCUGUAUCGGAGUAGGGAGUUCAUUGGAGUAGAGAAGCAGUCAAACGACUCAGGGGCCUUUUCCAUUGGGCAAUACGGCUAA